UGUCAACGGUAUUGUUAAUAAACUUGGAAUGGAAAUGGAACCAGUCCUCCAAUUCAGAACCUUGAAACUGGUUUCUUCAAAAUUUGCUGCUCUUGCCUGCCCUACUUUUCCUUCUUCCCUUCACUAUAUAUAGAUCAAGAUAUUCAUAUCAUUAACACCCAUAAAGCUUCUUUUUCACUUUCUCUUCUUCUAAUCCUUAUUCUACACUACCUACUACUUCUCAACCAAGAUCCUAUAUACAUGUCGCCUGCAAUGGCACUAAAUGAGCAGAGGAGCAAGGAUGAUGCAGCAGAAGAACAAAUUGAAUAUGAGAAAGGAGAGAAGCAUCUGUGUGAGAAAGGUCAUAUUCGUGCUGUACCUAAGAAGUACAUACUUCCUGUUGCUGACAGACCCACCAAGACUGUGAAAGAUUCGAAUGUUUUGAACCAAAAUCUUCAGUUACCCAUCAUUGAUUUUGCCGAAUUGCUUGGUCCGAACAGGCCCCAAGUCCUUCAAUCCCUAUCCAAUGCUUGUCAACAGUAUGGAUUUUUCCAGCUGGUAAAUCAUUGCAUCUCAGAUGAUGUUGUGAGGAGCAUGAUAGAUGUGAGUGGAAGGUUCUUUGAUCUGCCUUUGGAGGAGAGAGUUAAGUACAUGACAACUGAUAUGGGAGCACCGGUUCGAUGUGGGACCAGUUUCAGUCAAACCAAAGACAGUGUGUUGUGUUGGAGGGAUUUCCUGAAACUCCUGUGCCAUCCCUUACCAGAUUUCCUCCCCCAUUGGCCUGUUUCACCACUGGACUUUCGGAAAGUAGUUGGCACCUACGCGGAAGAAAGCAGACAUUUGUUUCUGGUGGUAAUGGAAGCGAUCCUAGAGAGCUUGGGAAUAAUGGAAAAGGAGGAAAAAGAGAGUGUAAUGGAAGAGUUUGAAAAUGGGAGUCAAAUGAUGGUGGCGAAUUUCUACCCACGAUGCCCUGAACCGGAGCUUACCUUGGGUAUACCCCCUCACUCCGACUAUGGCUUCCUCACACUUCUUGUACAAGAAGAGGUAGAAGGCUUGCAAGUUCAGUACCAAGACAAAUGGGUCACUGUUCAACCCAUUCCCAAUGCCUUUGUAAUCAACGUUGGUGAUCACUUAGAGAUAUAUAGCAACGGAAAAUACAAGAGCAUAUUGCAUAGAGUUAUAGUGAAUGAAGUUAAGAGUAGAGUGUCGGUGGCUUCGCUUCAUAGCCUUCCAUUUAACAGCACAGUGAAACCGUCACCAAAACUCGUCGAUGAAGACAAUCCCAAGCGUUACAUGGACACAGAUUUUGCCACUUUUCUUGCCUACGUAUCUUCCCAAGAGCCAAAUAAGAAGGAUUUUCUCGAGUCAAGAAAAUUGCUGUGAUACAUUCAUAAUUAGAAAGCAGAAUAACGAAAAAAAAAAUCACAGAUAUAAAUUAAUUAAAGCGAGGUAGAAAAUAUGUAAUACGAAUGGCUUCAAUUUCAACGUCCCUCGUGAACAAUAGUUUGUAUUUAUGUUUUGUUUUGUGUUUAAUCACUGAGUUGUAGAAGGAAAUUUUGGAAAUUAUGAUUGUCUUAAUUUUGGAA